GUCCAGACCUUUCUGUGGAACUGCAUCAAAUCAGCUUCAUUUUUUUGGUUUGUGAUUGAGUUUAGACGAAAAUGCGUCUCUUUGUCGUUGCAAUGCUGCUGUUUGGUUUUCCGUUCAUCAUGUCAAAAGUUGUAGAUUCAUUCAGAAACUGCAGCGAAUUCUUUUUUCAUGGACAGCCACCAAUGAUUUCUGGCAUUCUGAAGGAUUCAGUGUCACUGGAUAACAAUCAUUACAAGAUAAUCUGUCAAAAAUACAAGAACGAGUACAGAUUUGCAACUUUCUACGGCACAACAGAGAAGAUCCCUGUUUUCUCAGCUUACAAAUAUACUGGGCAUUAUAAAGGGAGACCACACAUUCCGUGGAUGAUCGAGCCAGAGCUUGAACCUAUAGACGGAGAAAUGCGUCAACCAUGCGUCAAUCAGGCUUUCCCAGGAGACUACUGGGCACAGAAGCAAUUGAAUCGUGGUCACUUAUUUCCCAACAGUCAUACAGCUGAUCAAAACACUUCUGAAUCUACAUUCACACUGACCAACACUGUGCCACAGUUUGAGACAUUUAAUAAUGGUAGCUGGCUUAGAAUGGAGGAAAAUGUUAGAGAUAAGAUGCAUUCUCACUGCCGUGACAAAGACAACCUUACUAACACCUUGGCGUACGUGCUGACUGGAUCUGUGCCAAGCAAAAGACAACCCUUAAAUAAAAGAGUCAACAUUCCUUUAUACAUGUGGACAGUGUUCUGCUGCUAUAACAGCAGUGACAGCAGAUGGGUGUCCGAAGCCCACUGGGCUGAAAACAUAGAUGAGAGUAAAGAUCCAGAUAAGACUAUCAGUGCAAAAACACUGGUGGAAUUACAGCAGUUUCUGCGAAAAAAAAAUAACAGAGAAUACAAACUGUUCUUUAAUGACUGUUAACUAGAUUUAAUUAGACUUAAUUAGAUUCAAAUUUGUUUUGUAUAAAGUGAAAUCUAUGCGCAUAUCCUGAAUAAGGUGAGCAAAAAGCGUGGCGGUCCUUAAAUUGUUUCUAACCAUUCGCCUGGUUCACACAGCAGGAAAAUUAGGCUGAUUUUACCCCUUCUGACAAUCUUAAAGAGCCCCUAUCAUGGAUUUUUGAAAAUGACUGUUCAUAUGGUGUGGAAUAUCAACGCAUUCUCACCCCAA